AUGGCUUCUCUUCCUUCCUUGCUACUACUACUCAUUUUAUCCUUUCUCUUCUUCCUCCAUCCCUCCUUUGCUAGGGUGAGUCCACAGUCAACUAAGUUGGUUGAUAAGGUAUGUAAGCUCACCCCAGAUUAUGCCUUCUGUAUCCAAUCCCUCGACUCCAAGCACCGUACAUCCACCGCAAAUCUAACGGGCCUUGGCCGUAUCUCCCUCGACGUAGCAUUGUAUAAUGCCAAGGAGACUUUCACGUACAUAUCUGAGCUUGUCAACAACGUUACUGACCCGACGAUUAGUGUGCCUGUGGGAAGGUGUUUUUCUCUGUAUCAGACCACGAUCAGCUACAUCCUCUCAGCCACAACCAAUUUCGAAAUGAAGUCGUAUGAGAUGGUGAAACUUCUACUGAGCGAAAGAGGCAACAAUCCCAAAGCUUGUGAAGCUGAGUUCAAGAACGUUAAAUCGCCUUUGACACGCCGGAACAAAGAUAUGAGUAAACUAAUCGUGAUUGCUGAGGUGAUUGCAGGACUGCUUGCAUGA